UGUUUGUGAGCCAGGUCCAGAAAUGGAGCUCAUUUGUAAGACAGUUGUCUUGUUCUUGUUAGUCUCUACUAGCUUUGGGAGAGAUGGGGAAUCAGCUCAGAACUUUGUUGCCAUUGCUGGACCUCUGCCUACCACAUCAGCGCACAGAUUGCAUCUGCAGAGCCACGUUCUACCCAAAGAAGCUUUGGACCCUCCUGUGUCUGAAGCCCAUGAGGACUUCUGUCAGCAAGAUGCUGUGAUUUCCCAACUGCCCCAGUACUUCUCCCACCUCCGUGAGAUUGGGGUAACACAUUACAAAGUCUUCCUGCCGUGGGCGCGCAUCCUUCCUGACGGGGACGCCAAGAAGCCAGAUGAAGCUCAAGUGCGGUGCUACCAGGAGCUGCUCAAAAUGCUGGUUGCUGCAGACCUCAGGCCAGUGGUCGUUCUCCAUCACAAGGCUGCUCCUGAUAGUGUGGCUGCGGGCAGGAAGGCGAGCUCUUUUGCUGACCUUUUUGUGGACUAUGCAGAGCUCAGUUUCUAUGUUUUUGGAGGCCUGGCUGAUAUGUGGCUCACCUUCAGUGACCUGCCUGAGCUCCUGGGAAGCCUGCCUUACAGUGACCUCCAGGCCCGUGUCCAGGCCCUGGCUGCUGCUCAUGAAAGAGCUUACAGAGUUUACCAUGAGAAAUACUCUGUGUCAGGUGGAAAGCUGUCCAUCGCUUUAGGAAUGGAUCUUACCUUGGAUAGGACUUCAUCUGAGCUGCUUUCAGUUUCUCUUCAGGAUUCAGUGGACUUCCUGUCUCUUCGCCUUCAGUACAGGUGUGGAAAUGUAACAGAUUUCCACCUGAAAAUGAGUGAAUUCCAGAAAGUCUGGAAGGACAUAGAAGUAUUGCUUUUUAGUCUGAAUUUCCUUGAUUGCGAUUCCUUGGAAGAGAAUCCAUUCGUACCAGUAGCUGCCAUUGUCACUGCUAUUAAUAAAGAAAAGGCACGUACAAUUGGAUAUGAUGUGAAUGAAUUCUUGGACUUCUCAUCUCAUGCUUUAAGCAAAACAUAUACUCUACAAGAGAAUCCAAUUGCUGCCCCUCGCUCCUCCUAUCAAACAAUUUGGGAAAUGUUUGCGAACCAGUCCGAAUUGGAGAGGGAUACUUUCCUGCAAGAUGUUUUCCCAAGUGGUUUCCUCUGGGGCACGUCAACAGGUGCCUUUAAUAUUGAAGGAGCCUGGGCAGAGGAUGGGAAAGGAGAGAGCAUCUGGGAUCGGUUUGGGCACGAAGGUCAUGUCUACAUGAACCAAACAACAGAUGUGGCGUGUGACAGCUACCACAAAACUAGCUAUGAUGUUUAUUUGCUUAGAGGUCUUCAUCCCCAGCUGUACAAGUUUUCUAUAGCCUGGCCUAGAAUUUUCCCUGCUGGCACCAAUGAAACCAUCAGCAUCAAGGGUGUGGAUUAUUACAACCAAUUAAUUGACAGGUUGCUAGAGGCUAACAUUGAGCCCAUGGUGACUCUUUUCCACUGGGAUCUCCCACAGGCUCUUCAGGUUCUUGGUGGCUGGCAGAAUGACAGUAUCAUAGAUGCUUUUGCAAGCUAUGCAGACUUCUGCUUUGCCACUUUUGGGGAUCGGGUCAAGUUUUGGGUUACAUUCCACGAGCCUUGGGUUAUCAGCUAUGCUGGCUAUGGCACCGGAGAGCAUCCUCCAGGAAUCACCGAUCCAGGAAUAGCAUCUUACAAGGUGGCUCACACAAUUCUCAAGGCUCAUGCUAAGGUCUGGCACCUGUAUAAUGACAGGUACCGUUCUCAGCAGCAGGGAAAGGUAGGGCUGGUGCUGAACUCGGAUUGGGCUGAACCCCAGACUCCAACCAACUCUGAGGAUGUGAAGGCAUCAGAGAGGUACCUGCAGUUCAUGCUUGGCUGGUUUGCUCACCCUGUAUUUGUUGACGGUGACUACCCAGAUGUCCUGAAGGCUCAGAUCCAGGAAGUAAACCAGCAGUGCUCCACAACAGUUGCGCAGCUGCCUGUGUUUACGGAGGAGGAGAAAACCUGGGUGAAAGGAACGGCAGACUUUUUUGGCCUUUCCCAUUACACUUCCCACCUGGUUAGUGCCGUGGCUAGUGGUACCUGCACACCUGGAUACGAAAGCGUUGGGAACUUCUCUUUGCACGUCGAUCCUUCGUGGCCAACGACUGCCUCUUCUUCAAUCCACGUGGUCCCGUGGGGAUUAAGAAGGCUGCUGAAGUUUGUGUCCCAGGAAUAUACAGGAGCCAAGGUCCCAAUUUACAUAGCAGGAAAUGGUAUGCCAACAGAAGCCACCGGGGAUCUUAUUAAUGACACUCUGCGAGUGGAUUAUUUCCGCCGAUACAUCAAUGAGGCUCUAAAAGCGGUAAAACUGGAUGCAGUUGAUGUUCAGUCAUACAUUGCUCGAUCCCUGGUUGAUGGCUUUGAAGGCCCAGAGGGCUACAGCCUAAAAUUUGGGCUACAUCAUGUGAAUUUUGAAGAUAGCAACAGACCAAGGACUCCCAGGGCAAGUGCUUAUUUCUAUUCCACUGUUAUUGAAAACAAUGGUUUCCCGUCCCAAGUCUCAGACAGAAGUUCUGCAUCGGUGGUAUUUGGCCCACCCACACCAUCAAAGUUGCCGAGUCUACCAGCAUCAGAAGUUCCCUCCAAGUCAAAGGUUGUCUGGGAGAAGUUUUCAUCCCAAACAGCCUUUGAAAGAGACAUGUACUUUUAUGGGACGUUCCCAGAGGACUUCACGUGGGGUGUGUCGUCUUCUGCAUACCAGAUUGAGGGAGGUUGGGAUGCGGAUGGCAAAGGACCCAGUGUUUGGGAUAACUUCACCCAUGUGCCAGGAAACAUAAAAAACAAUGACACUGGAGAUAUAGCUUGUAAUAGCUACAACAAGGUAGGGGAAGACAUUUACCUGCUGAGAGCCUUGGGGGUAAAGAACUAUUGUUUCUCUCUGUCCUGGCCUCGAAUCUUCCCCAACGGAAGGAACAAUUCAGUAAACAGCCAUGGUGUUGAUUACUAUAACCGUCUCAUUGAUGGGCUGGUCGCAAACAACAUCACUCCAAUCGUCACGCUGUACCACUGGGACCUGCCACAAGCUCUCCAGGACAUUGGUGGCUGGGAGAGCAGUGAGCUCAUUGAACUGUUUGACAGUUUUGCAGACUUCUGUUUCCAGACCUUUGGGGACAGGGUGAAGUUCUGGCUUACUUUCAACGAACCCCAAGUUAUUGCUUGGGUUAGCUAUGGGACGGGGGAAUUCCCACCCAAUGUCAAUAAUCCUGGUGAUGCUCCCUACGAAGUGGCACACACCUUACUGAAAGCCCACGCCAGAGUCUACCACACGUACGAUGACAAAUACAGAGCGAGUCAGGGAGGAAUCAUUUCUCUGUGUCUCAAUAUAGAUUGGAUUGAGCCAAAGACACCCAGCAACCCCAGGGACUUAGAAGCUGCAGACAGGUACAUGCAGUUUUUGGCGGGGUGGUUUGCACAUCCAGUUUUCAAAAAUGGGGACUACCCUGAGGUCAUGAAAUGGAAAGUUGGGAACAGGAGUGAGCUCCAAAACCUGCCAUCGUCCCGCCUACCAGUUUUCACAGCUGAAGAGCGUGAGUACAUCAGGGGCACAGCAGAUGUUUUCUGUUUCAACACCUACACUGCCAAACUUGUAACCCAUGCAACAACCCGCCUGAAUCCCUUCUCUUAUGAGUACGACCAGGAAAUAUCAACAGAUGUUGACAGCUCCUGGCCUACCUCAGCUCUUGAUGGCCAUCGGGCUGUGGCCUGGGGGCUGAGGAGGCUGCUGAACUGGAUCAAAGAAGAGUAUGGGAAUCCCCCAAUGUACAUCAUUGAGAACGGAGUGGGGCUAAAGACCGAAUCGGAUGUUGAUGACCAAACCAGGAUACUUUACUACAAAACAUACAUAGAUGAAGCUUUAAAAGCUUACAAACUGGACGGUGUUAAUCUGAGAGGAUACAAUGCGUGGUCUUUUAUGGAUUUCUUUGAAUGGUUGAAUGGUUAUGAGCCAAGAUUUGGAUUGCACGAGGUUGAUUUUGAUGAUCCCAACAGGCCAAGAACCCCAAGGCGCUCGGCUGUGUACUACGCAGAAAUCAUCCGCAACAAUGGUAUCCCAUUGCCAAAAGAAGAUGAAUUCUUAUAUGGAGAGUUUCCAAAGAACUUUUUCUGGGGUGUAGCAACAUCUGCAUAUCAGAUUGAGGGAGCAUGGAGAGCAGAUGGGAAAGGACUUAGCAUUUGGGACAAAUACUCUCACACUCCUUUGAAAAUCAGCAAUGGUGACAAUGGAGAUGUAGCUUGUGACAGCUACCACAAGAUUGAGGAGGACGUGGAAAUGCUGAAACGCCUCAAGGUGUCUCACUAUCGCUUUUCAAUCUCCUGGUCACGUGUUCUCCCAGAUGGGACCACCAGAUACGUCAAUGAAAUGGGAUUGAACUACUAUGAAAGGCUAAUUGAUGCUCUUCUGGCAGCCAAUAUUACGCCUCAGGUCACUCUCUAUCACUGGGACCUCCCGCAGGCACUGCAGGACAACGGUGGGUGGGAGAAUGAUACCAUAGUUCAGAGGUUUAAGGAAUAUGCUGAGCUCCUUUUCCAGAGAUUGGGAGACAAAGUGAAAUUUUGGAUAACCAUCAAUGAACCCUACAACGUUGCAUAUUUUGGCUAUGGCAUUGACACAGCUGCUCCAGGCAUCUCUGUUAGGCCUGGGCGAGCCCCCUAUGUGGUGGGGCACAACCUAAUCAAGGCCCAUGCAGAAGCCUGGCACCUCUACAAUGAGACUUACCGCGCGAAACAAGGAGGGCUGAUCUCUAUCACCAUCAACACUGACUGGGCUGAGCCAAGGAACCCCCACAAACAGGAGGAUUUUGAUGCUGCCAGACAAUACUUACAGUUCUACAUCGGUUGGUUUGCUCAUCCCAUUUUCAAAAACGGCGAUUACAAUGAAGUGAUGAAGACGAGGAUUCGGGAACGCAGCCUGGCCCAGGGUCUGAGCAGCUCCCGACUUCCAGAAUUUACAGAAAGUGAAAAGCAAAGAAUUAAAGGCACAUAUGACUACUUUGGUCUAAAUCAUUAUACUACAGUUUUAACAUACAAGUAUGAGUAUUCUACUGCUAUUCCAUCGUAUGAUUCUGACAGGGGUGUUGCUUCAGAAGCCGACCGCAGCUGGCUGAACUCUGGCUCCUCCUGGCUAAAGGUGGUGCCCUUUGGCUUCCGAAAGCUCCUGAGGUGGAUGAAGGAAGAGUACAACAACCCUCCUAUCUAUGUGACUGAAAAUGGGAUAUCAGAGAGAGGAGCCAUAGAUCUCAAUGACACUUGGCGAAUGCAUUACUAUCAGAACUACAUUAACGAAGCGCUGAAAGCUGUCGUGCUUGAUGGUGUUGACCUGCGUGGCUACACGGCAUGGUCACUGAUGGACAACUUUGAGUGGGCAGUAGGCUUUGAUGAAAGGUUUGGGUUCUACUAUGUGAAUCACACGGAUCCCACAUUGCCACGGCUCCCCAAGGCCUCUGCCAGGUACUACUCACAGAUCAUCAGCUGCAAUGGCUUUCCAGAUCCUGCAGCAGGCCCACAUCCCUGUCUGGAAACGGAGUCUGAAGUGAUACCAGACACCGCACCAGGACUGGCUGCCAGUGUGCACUUUCUGGGAUUAGAUUUAACAUCACACAGUGCAGAAACAGCACUGUAUGUGCUUUUUGCUCUUUCUGGAAUUGGAGCACUGGGCCUGGCACUUAUUUCAUACAAAUAUGGAACAUUAUCCAAAAGAUCUCAUAAACAAUCAUCCAUAGAACUUACUAAAAUGUAAAAUGUAAUUCAUUUGAAUAUGUGGAAGGGAUUGAAACAGUAUCUCUACUUGCUAAAAUGCUUUUUUUUUUCUUAACAAAGAAUGCCUACAGAACCGUACUCUGUAGUACUGAAAAAGAUACCUGGGGCUUAUACUGCUGCACCUCAGUAUCUUGCCUUGGAGGUGAUUUCCAAUCUUGCUGUUGGCUUAAAAUAUGAAGUAAAAAACACUAACUUUUUUUCCAGCUACUACUGAUAAUUUUUUUCAAGUCAAAAUUGACUGUUCCAAUUUGUGUAAGGAUUCUGAGCCUAAACCUUCAUCUGCCCUCCUUCAUGAUCUUCCCUUGGAUCCUUCUUGUCUUUCCAAGGGAUCUGAGAGCAUCCCACGAAGCUCUGCUGCUGCUUAAUCUUUCGAAGACAAGCUAGUGCCAACACUGGCACAAACAGGGAUAGCAGAAUGUACUGUUCUAUUGCAGCUACUGUGCAGGUUCCCCCCAUCAUUCCUUCAUUUCAUCGAUAGUAUUUUCUCAAUUUUAUCAUGAGUUAUUUUUUAACAAAAGCAAAAGCACUAAGCCUUUACAUUUGAACAGUGCAAUACUUACUGAAGUUCCUUUACAAAGAAGUCUGCAGCAGCACUGAACACCUGUAACUGUAAAAAAUAUAAAUGCUCAAUACCCGGGGAGGAAGACAAGUCAGCAUUCUUCAUAUGUGAAAGCCCUGUCCUCACCUUCAAAAUAAAAGUUUCCGCGCUCUUGUAUUGCA